AAUGAAGGUCACCACGUAUCAGUGUAAACUAGUGAAGGUUACUUCCCUUCAGUGUAAACCCGUGAAGGUCACUCCCCAUCAGUAUAGACUCGUGAAGGUCACUCCCCAUCAGUGUAGACCCGUGAAGGUCACUCCCCAUCAGUGUAGACUCGUGAAGGUCACUCCUCAUCAGUGUAGACUCGUGAAGGUCACUCCCCAUCAGUGAAGACCCGUGAAGGUCACUCCUCAUCAGUGUAGACGUGGGGGUGGACUGCGUCUUCCUGUGUCAAGCACGGCAACUGCUUGAAGAUCGUGAUUACGGAUGUGUUGGCUUCUUAAGAUAAGCCUAUAUAUUUUUUACAGUGAUAUGGCCUAAAAAACAGGACGAUAGAGCCAAAAUUAAAUCCUUUCCAAAAUACUAGACAAGAACAAUGGUAAAGUGAAGGGAAUAGAGAACAGAGAUCGUGGUGAGAUGUUCCAAGGUUAAGAAGAACAAGGAGGAGGAGGAGAACAAGAAGAAAGGAAGAAGGAAGAGCAGAAUAAGAGACAGUGAAGAAGAACGGUGCGUGCGGGUGGUGGGUGAUCCAGGGGAAGAGGGGCUCCUCUUGGAGCACUUGAGUGCUGGAGACCUCGGCAAGAACCCAAAGUGUUGAGGAUUGUGUCCUCGGUGAGGACGCAUGUGAGGGACGGCGGCGAGGGUGGCGUGGAGGUGUUGGUGGCCGCGUGGUGAGGGCAUGAUGGUGCCGUGAUGGUGAGCGGCAGGUGGUGCGCGACCUCGCCUGCCCCCUGCUGCUGCUACCUCCCGCACGGCGCCGCCCCUCCCGGCCUCUGACAAUGCGGUCGACUCCGCGGGCUGGUGGGGGCGGCGGCGGCGCCUUGACCUCGUCUGCGUCCUCAAGCAGAAGUACCUGCGGUUCCAAGUGACUAGGAUUGGGGACGUCCCGACGGGGGGGGCGUGGCCCCCCUAACGGCGGGGGGCGCGCCUCUGGCCGCUAUGUGCGGGGUUGUCUCCGCGUGGUGCAGGUGAGCGCGCGCUACCUCAUCUCCGCCAGUCGCGCACCUUCCACCAUGAUGCGAUCGAAAAAAAAGGAAGGCAACCUUAAGCCUUCCCGCAAGCUAGAUAAGCGGUCUAGCCGCGGGGUUAUGUUCGAAAACGAAGAGCUGCGCAUGCGUACUAUAGAGAUCAACGCCGAGGUGGACCGCGGUCAGUCAGAUCUACGCAAGCUCAAGAGAGAAAACGAAACUCUGAAGCAGCAGGUGUGGACGCUGCGCGACGAGUACGACAAACUCGAGAACUUUGUGAAAAAUAUGGACGGCGAUAGUGAUGACGACGACGAUGAUGACGAUGACGAUGAGGAGGACGAGCUGGAGCAGAGGCUCUGCCGGGGCAAAAUUAACGAGGAGGAAGGGGAGGACGAGGACGAUGAAGAAGCGAACGUAGAAACAGAUAAUUUAGAAAAUUUACAAAAAGUGUAUAGUGGCAAAAUGCGGAGUGUAGAAUAUACCAUGCGUCAGGCGGCGACCAUGGAGAGUGGGCUGGCGGGGGGCUGCAGCCAGGCUCAGUGUGCGGGAGUGCCAGCCGGAGCCGCGUGUGCCGCCCCAGUAGACGGCCUGGCCCAGCCGGGGUCGGUGCGGGUGUGCCUCCCCGACGACACACCUGCUUUCGGCGAUGUCGGGGAGGGGGGUGCGUCGCCCCCAGACCCCCUUCAGCCCAUAACUACUGAAACCUAUUUAUCUCAAACUGACCAUUUCAAUCUCGAUCAACUUCUUGAUUUCGCUUCCUCAUUUCACUACGAUAGGCGGAAGCACCUCGCAGAGCCGCUGGCGAUGGCUCUACCGCCCGAGGAGGAGCGACCGCCCUCUCCCUCCAGGGACAAGGUGAUCCCUGACCCUUCCUACUCCACCGUCAGGCGGCGCUCAGCAACUGUCAUCGAGAAACUGAAGGGGAGUGCCAGUAGCGGGGCUCUGGUGAAGGAGGUGAAGCAACUGUCUUUGUGUAAGGACGGUGCCACGAACCCAGUGCCCGUGAGCGAGUCCCCGGAAGUGACACACACUACGACAGUUAACUACACACGAUCUUCCUAUUUCUUCUCCGGUCCUUUGAAUGGCAGUCGGAGUCAGUCUCUAGGCACUGGCCUCAACUCUGCUGCCAGUGUCACUCGGCCCCCUAGCAGCCCCGCCGGCCCCCUCUACUCCUCCAGCAGUGCCUGCAACAUUGGCACAUCUUCCUCGCUGGAUGCUGGGCUGCCUCUCGUGUCCGUCUUCAACCCGCGGGCCUCUCUGGUGCGUCUCAAUAGCAUAGAACCCAAUACUCUGAUGGUGUCCGUGGCUGAAAUGCCUCAGCUGUGGGACAUUACCACACAAGAAAUAAUAGACGAGCUUGAACAGCAGGCGGAAGGAACGUUGCACUCCAUCCGCGGUGUGCGCGUGGUAGGUCGCGCAGCUUACAUCAGCCUGGGACGUCGCGACGCCCUCCAGCAGCUGCUGAACCACGGCCUCACCGUCCGUGGAGGCAAGGUACCACUCAUUGACAUCACUCGUGAGUCCAUCGUCCUAGCGCUCACGGGCGUCCCUCACUACAUCGCCGACGCCACCCUCGUCAUCCUCCUUUCGGCCUUCGGCACGAUCAUUGGCGAGCUCGAGCGGCGGUUCUACAAAGGCGUGGACACAGGCGAGCGGUUCGUGCGGAUGAAGCUCAAGAAGCACGUGAAGCUGCCCAAGUACGUGACUGUUGGGGGGUGUCGCAUCGUGCUGACGGUGCACGGGCGCGAUGCCCCCGCGCAGCUGCACGUGCCGGAGUGGGGAGGCGCCAAGUUGUCUCCCGCGCCUCCACCCCCGCCCCACUCGGCCCACGGCCCGCAAGCCACCGAUCCCUCCCACACAGACCUCACCACCCCGGUCUCCCCGGACUCAGGUCAGUGUUCUGAACCAUCCUCGAGUGAUAAGUCCUGUGAGCGUAUAGAGGGGCGGGACGGGGUGGUCCGCGUAGAGGCCGGCGCACAAAAUGAUUCUCGAAUGACCACUAAGGCGUCUAAGACUUUUUCCAGCAGGUGUAUAGUAAACCUGAAGCUGCCGGAAAGACCAGCGGCGGCAACUGCGAUACCCCGCGUACGCGACAACGUGAAUCCGCGGGACCCGGUUGGUCCAUGCCAGAGUGGGGGCGGCCUGGUGGUCAGUACUGGCACGCCAUCCACGCCGAUGGCUGCUGGGCAUGUGCUGCGGGCGGGGUCGUUGUACCGGGGUACUCGAGGCCCGGACCCGCCCUCCACCACGGCGGGUACCGGGGGCAAUUCUCCGAUCAUUUCCAGGAGACUUUCGCGCCUCGGCAUGGAUUGCCGCCCACCCGAGUCGCCACGCCCACGUCCCAACUCUGUGGUGUUCGAGGAGCAGCCGCGGGAGGUGCCGACGGCAUCCCGUGCGCUCUUGACGCCGCAGUAUCACUCCCACGUGGUGGCCUCCUCCUCCGGCCCUAUGCCUCUCGCCAACGGCAUCCUGCGCAAAGCCUCUGGGUCAGAGCAGGAGGCGCUGCUCCCUGCCAGCCAGCGCUGUGCCGCCUCCAUCAGAAACAGACUAAAAAUAGGUCGCAGCAUGUCGUACGACGCAGGUAAACAGAAACUAGCCGCCGAGAAAGAAAAGAAAAAACUGAACAAAAUGGAAAGCAUUAGUGAGAAUACAAUCAAUGACGAUGUGAGUGACAUCACGCCCCUGGGCGCCGGGGCUCGAAGAGACUCCGAGAAGAGCUCCGUCAGUGCCAACAGUAAGAGCAGCACCAACACCACCAAAAAGAAGGAGCCGGCAAUAGACCUGCCGUGGUGUGGCUGCUGGGGCAACGGUUGUUUCUAGUGCGUAGCAUUCACUGGUACCAGUUCCAUCCUUUAUAUUUAUCGUUAUUUUCUAGUCAAUACUUCCUCGCUCCCAACGUUACCUAGUCUUCAUCAAGUAGUGGAUUAGUCUUGGGCAGAGUCCAGAAACACACGUCUUGGCUGAGUCGUUGUAUAUAUCAUGUCCUCUGAUCAAUGCCACAUUUACCAUGUUUAAUUUUACACCAUUGUCAGCAAUCAGAACACUGCAACCAGUCAUUGUGUUGAAAUAUCACAUGAUUAUAUCAGCAAAUCUAAAUAAUAUUGUUUAUUGUAUUUGUAUUCCAUGAAUGCAAUAAGUGUUCAUUAUAUACAUAUAUUAAUAAAAGUGUUCAUCAUAUAUAUAUAUAUAUAUACGUUUAUAUUAUAUAAUA